AUGGUGAUCCUAGAAAUCACGCUGCCACCCGCACAGGCACACAGAGGCGUGCACACGCGUGCACACGCGCGCACACUCGCACAGGGAAGCCGAGCCGGCCAGCCCCACAGUAGCCCUGGGGUCCGGCUGACUAAUUGGAAAGUCCCGCGCACCGCGCUGUCGCGUCGCCACGCCGGGGCACACCAGCGCUGGGAAAGCCGCGCUGGGCGCGCCCAGUCGGGACCCCGCGCCGCGGCGGCCCUCGGGAAGUCAUCGCAGGGGACCCGCGGCGCGCGCACGUGGAGGGGCGUGAGCCCCGGGCCGCGAGCAGGGACCCGGCCCCGCCCCGCCCCCGGCCCAGCCUCUCCGGCCACUGCUGGGCCGCGGGCUGGACGCCCCGGGCGGCGCGCGCAGGAGGAAACGCGCCUGGCCGCGGCUCCGGGACCUGCCCCGACGCCGAGUCCGGAACGCCGGCCGCCGCGUCCGCAUCGCCAGGUGUGCGGGGUUGGGGGCGCAGUCCCGGGCGGUGGCCGCCGUGCGCUGGCCGGCGUUUCCUCCUGCUCGCCGCGCCCGGCCUCCCCGCCGUGGGCCCCGCGCCCGGGCCCGCGCCGCCAGCCGCUCGGAUCCGGCCUGCCGCGCCCCUCCACGCCCCCCGGACGGCCGCGAGCUGAUGUCCUGAGCUCGCUGCCGCGGGCUCCGCGCCCCGCCCGGGCUGCCCUGGGAAGGUGGGGCGAGGCGCGCCGGGUAUGCGCCAUCACCAUGUCCCGCCUGGGCUCGUGGCUCGGUGAGGUCCAGUGGCUGGUCUUGGUGUCGCUCUUCGUCGUGGCCCUUGGCACGGUGGGCCUGUACCUGGCGCAGUGGGCGCUGGCCAGGGCGCGACCCCGGCCCCGGCGGCGGGCGGCCGAGCCUGGCAAGGAGCAGCGCCCCGAGUCGGACGUGCUGCUCGCCUGGAUCCUGACGCUGAACAGCUGGAGGAACCAGUGGCAGGCUGCCUGGGUGGCCGCCCUGAAUCAGGAGGCCAGGCGGAAAGGGGGCCCACUGUUCCUGUCCUUCGAGGAGGACCCACUGCAGCCACCCUUGGAGCUGGCCGUGCAGCAGGUCUCGAGUGUGGCCAGGUCGGCCCAGGAGAAGGUGGUGUCUUGUCACGUGGUGGGCCAGACCAUUCAGUUUGUCGUCAGCACCGGGCCAGCCUCUCCCGAGGACACUGGGCGCCAGCAGUAUGGUGUGCGGUUGUCCCCAUUUCAUUUACAGCUGGAGCUCACCAUGGAAGAGAAGAGAGAGGACAUUCAGAUCAGGUGGUCGUUCGUCAGCGUGCCAGAAAUGGCCAUUACGAUCCAGCCCAAAGCACCCGGGGAGGACCAGGCGGUUGCUGUGAAUGCAGUCUCUGAAACUCUCCAGGAUAUUUUGAGGCACUUGGUUAGUUCCGCUUCCCCAUCGGUGGUUCUGAGCGCCAGGCCUGCGAACAUGAAGGAAAUGCAGAGUUUCCAGCGCACGUCGUCCGCUCCUCAGGAACCCUGCCCUCCCAAACCUCCAAGGGCUCAUGAACUCAAGCUGCUGGUGAAGAAUAUCCGAGCCUCGCUGCUAAAUGAUGCUGGUGCUUCAGGCAACGUGAACCUACUGUGUGCAGUUCAGCUGAACGACCCUGUUCAGAAGCUGUCCAGCACCCUCCCGAAAAACACUAGUGACCUCAGCUGGGAAGAAGAAUUCACCUUUGAGCUGAAUGCCAAGUCGAAGGAAUUGCACCUACAGAUUGAAGAGGACGGGUGCCCCUCAGAAGCUCCGCUGGCGAUGACAACUGUUCCGUUAGAUUUGUUUAAGAAGCAGCCUUCCGGGCUACAAAGCUUUACGCUGACCGGCGGGCCCUCGGCGAGCAGCCCGGUGUUGGGGUCCGUCACUGCAGAGUUCUGUUAUGUAGAGCCCACGGAAGCGAAAUCCUGGCAGACGCCUCCGCCUGUUCCUGCUGCCAAGAUAGAAAAAGACCGCACGGUGAUGCCAUGUGGGACAGUCGUCACUACUGUCACUGCCGUGAAAACCAAGCCUCGCUUCGACGCAGGGAGGGCGUCCCCGCUGAGCUCUGAGUCUCCCCUGAGGACGCCUGUCAAGGUGAAGGUGAUUGAGAAGGACAUCUCCGUCCAAGCCGUCGCCUGCCACGGCGCUCCUGUCAGUAAAACACUGUCUUCUUCAGACACAGAACUGUUGGUGCUCAAUGGCUCGGAUCCAGUGGCUGAAGUCGCCAUUCGACAGCUCAGUGAAUCUUCGAAGCUGAAGCUGAAGUCGCCACGGAAGAAAAGCACCAUCAUCAUAUCAGGGGUCUCCAAGACCUCGCUAUGUCAGGACAGUGACGCUGCCCUGAUGCUGGACUACGCGGCCUCCAUGGACAACACCCGCGAGGACGAUGCCCUGUCCCAGCCGGCGGCAGCCGUGUCCUCUGCCCGGUCCGAGGAGGAAGCCUCCGCACGGGCUCCGUUGGUCCUGGAGCCCGAGCUGGUCCAGGAUGGCGAGCUGGUCUCCUUGGACUUGGAGAAGGAGUCGCAGGCUGAGGUGUGGGACGGCCAAGGCCCGCGGGUCCCCGAUGGGGAUGAGUUGUCAGAGAGUUCCCUGAGUGUCUCGGAGCCAGGCGCUGCCAGAAAGCAUAAAGGAGGCCUCUUAAGGAAAGGCGCCAAGCUGUUCUUCCGCCGGACGCAUCACCAGAAGGACCCCGGCCUGAGCCAGUCGCACAACGACCUCGUGUUCCUGCAGCAGCCGGAGGGGGCCCGGAGGAAGGGGGUGACACUCUCCAGGAUCCUCAACCGGAAGCUGCUGUCCAGGCACAGAAGCAAGAGUGCCAUGAACGGGGACCCCUGUGCGUAGGCCGGGGUUGGCAGCCUCCUUCACGGCUGCGCUGGAGGCGUGGGCCGCGUCACCACCCAUCAGGACCGGCGCGCGUGCCAGCGAGCCGUGGGACGCCCGCCUUGUCUAGCUGCGGUUUUCCUAGCAGUGUCAUCUUCUAAAGGGGAAGGAAAACUGGGUGUCUGCUGGGAGGUUCCCCCCGAGAGAACUGACAACGCCCAGCCGGCCACUAGAGGCACAGGAGACCCCACAGCUCCUGCACGUGGGCUGUGCUCAGAUUGGAGAGCUGACAUUUCCUAUCAGAAGGAGAUUGGCAUUACGAACUAAAGGACAUACUACAGGGGCUGUGGAUGGGGCAGGUUUGGGGACAGACUCACCCAUUCUGUGCUCCAACGGGUAGGAUUUUGAGUCUAUGCCUGGGCCGUGUCACAAGGAGCCGGCGAACCUCUGUGCUGUCACCGUGAACGGAAUGCAUAGGUCACCUCUCUGAAGUGGCUGCUCCAGGAAAAAUGGUGCAGCUGGCCCUGAGCACGGAGAGGUGGGGUGUCGGUGGUUUCGGUAAAUAGAGAAAUCACAUAGGAAUGGAAACACUGUGACAAACGUAGAAGACACUUACCUUUGUUCUUAGUCAUAGGACAUGAAAAAUUAUGCAAAUACUGAAUAUACCCCAUGCAUAGUAUGCUGAACACUUUUCUAAAUUUACUUUGAGCCUAUUUGCAAGUGGGAGAUACGUGAAUUCUUAUGUGGUUUUUAACAUUUUUCUCUAUGUUGUCAAAAACUCUAAUAAUACCAGUGGAGCAGUCCACACACGGAUUUUUCCCCCCGUGUGGCACACUUGCGAAACGAGAGUGCAGCAAGCCUGUCCAGUGAACUUGGGAGCAAUAAGUGACAGCUAAGAGAACGUGGUACCCACACACGCCUGAAUUUUCUUUGGUCCAAGGUUGGUUUGCCAAAUAUUGCCAAUAGUGGAAACACUUAAAGUACUUUUAGGUCAAAAGAGGAAAUUCUUUUUAUGUCUCAGGUGUGAGCCUUAGGAACGGAAGUUGAAGGACAAAGCCCCUUCCUUACAGAAGCUCUUCAGAUUCUACUGUGAAUGCUUCACACACUUUGGCAUGGCCAUGUUUUGGUUUCCAGUGGAAAAAAUGAUAAACUUGAUACAUGAUUUUAAUAUCCCUUCGUGUCUUUCAACCCGCUUUCCACAGUAGCACGCCACUUAGGUUCAUUCACAACUGUCACGUUGGUCCACUCCUGUGUGUGCCACUUUUAGGACAUGUGCUUGUUAAAAAGCAGUUGUCAUUCGGGGGAAAGGUUCUGACGGUUUUACGAGAUUCAUUUUCCUCCAACAAGAUUUAAAAGGCUAUUACGAAAACUUGACCCUUGUCACAGAUGUGAACUUGGGUGCACACCUUCCUACAGGUGCUUUCGUUAAUCCUUAAAUGUGUAUUUCAGGGGUAAUAGAGCCACUAAUUGUGAACAAAAAAGUUUUAUAAAAACCAAAAUUAUAGAAUUUUUUUUCCUUUAUAUGGAGGGAGAAUUUAGAAGAUGACAUUAGGAAUUCUAUGUAAAACAUGCAUUAAAACAGUCUUAGGUGUCCCAGGAAUUAUCAAGUGACUGUAAAAUGACUUCUUCACCAUCCUUUGUUUUUAAAGCUUAUAUUCUCAUUUUAAUCAUUGUGAAAUAGCAUCUGGCAUUACAACAUCCAUUCAUACCACGUUAGUCCCCACAGGUUGGUAGUCCUCUGCUAAUCUUUUGGGGAUGGACGGUCACUUGAACGUUGUGUUUUACUUGAAGGAUUGCUGUGCUUUCUCAUGCAGUCGGCAGAACGUGUGACAUGGAAGGAUGAAUUCCAAGAAGACAUUGUGUGUCAGAACAUCAAGCACUGACCAGAAGUUUUUAGUAGUUUUUGUUCGUUUAAUUUUGAAAUUCAGAUGGACUCAGUUUAUCCCAGUGUGAAAGUAUCAGUUUUGGAUUGCGUUUUCUCUUUCAAAAAAAAAAAUUUGGUUUUCAGCCGUUUCCAGAGCAUCACUGUUUAAUACCUUCGUCAAGGGUUCUGCUUUCUCAACUUCUUCGCGACUUGAAACCUCUUCAGGGUCCUGGGAAAGCGCCAGUGGGCUGUGUCUCUCCUCGCGUGUGAAGCCAGUGAGUGAAGGGAAGCAGAGUGUUGUCACGGAGCUCCCUGUUCUUUGUGUCUGUUGGGUACACAUGAGCCCCUGUGUACUGGAGUGAGACCCCGGAGCCCUUCCUCCAGAGGCACACACCCUGUCUCCAUAAUGGCUUUUUCUGAAGUUACAAAGGACCAGGAAGCACCGUGAGACUGGGCUGUAUCAAUACUGUGAAUGUGUCUUUUCCAAGCUGUUUAUCCAGCUUUGUUUUUUAAUGGUGUAGGGUAUUUAUGGUAAAGUCAAUCUCGUUAGGGUAGUUAAAUAUCAAUUAAGAUUAUGCACCAAAUGCAAAACCCGCUAAUUUGUAAAUCACCUCCUCCCUUGUCUUUCCCAGACACUUUAGUGGCUUGAGGGAUUCUGGUUUUGUUUUCUGGUCUUGAUGAAAUUUUUGCAGUGGUAUUUGAAAAGUGAUUCCUCCUGAGCACUAAUGUUAACACGUGUCUGUCUGUCUGGAACCAGGAGCGCACGUUGGUUUUAAUGAGCUGGCAAUGCUCUGUCAUCCGCUUUGUGUGCGGAUGUGCUUAUGUUUGUGCAGGAGUGAAAAGAGCUUUAAGUGUGAGUGCAUUUAAUGCAGCAUUAACAAAAGAAUCCAUGUCAUUGUCCGCCGCACUGAAAGCCUGCUGUGAGGACGAAGGCAUAGAGCACUUUAUAUAACCACGUCUCAAGUUUAAGUUCAAAACCAGCCCUUGAUUCCUGGUGAUGGCUAUCGGGCCAGUCGCUGCCAACCAGUCACAAAUUAGGUGCCUGUCUGGAUUUUUGAUUGGUUCUACUGGCCACACAGAUAGAAGAAAGUUGCAAAGUUCCUUUUUGAGCACAAAGGGAAAGAUGAAUUUAUACUGCUGCCACUGAACGCAGGUGUUUGCUGGGUAACGAUCCCACGGCUCUUGGAACCUCAAUACAAGUUCGUGGACCUUUGAGGUCAGGACACUUGUCUCUACCGGAUAGAAAACAGUCCCGGCGUUGGCGGAGACCCUGAUGCCGGGCCCUCUGUCCCCUGCCCCAAACCUGCCACGUUGUGAUUACCAAAGCAAGCGACACAGGGACAAUGCACUGCGACAUCCUGCAAAGCAAACUCAGGUUACCUCUGAUUCCCUGUCUUCAGCGUUCCUACUGUAUGUGUGACGAGGCAUUAACCCGCCCAGUUCACCCAGCUUCCCACGGGUCAGGAAUGUACCGCUUAUAAUUUAGGCUUGUAGUUUUUAUUGCCCAAUGUCACAUCAAAGCUACAUUUUUAAAAAAGAAAAUAAAAGGUUUCCUAGGGAUGUGGGAAGGUUUGGCUUGUGAUCCAGUGUGGUGAUGAAUUGACAUGACAAUGAUUGUAUUUCUCAGUAGCACUUUAAACACCGAUUCCAGUCCCCCGUCAGCCCUGUGUGUUGGGGUUCAUUUAGACAUGAUGUGGCUGGAACGCGAACGAUCUUUAAAGAAAUAAAUGUGCACAUGGAACACUAAA